AUGCCAGCUGCUGUAACGGGUGCAGUUCCCACUGUUUCUUCCACUUCCGCUGGUCCAGCCCCAUCCACAUCCUCCACGUUUAAAUUUCUCAUCACCACCGAUAAUCAUUUGGGAUUUCAAGAACGAGAUCCUCGUCGGGGCGAUGAUAGUUUCACCACAUUUGAGGAAUGUCUGCGGGCGGCUCGUGUUGAACACGAUGUGGAUGCGAUUCUUCUCGGCGGAGAUCUUUUCCAUGAUAACAAACCCAGUCUUGGUUGUCUUGCCCGCACUACGGCUUUACUGCGAGCCUAUGUGUUGGGGGAUAAACCCAUUGGAUUUACUUUAUUAAGUGAUCCAAAGCGAAACUUUCCCACACAUGCGGUUCCAUUAGCGAAUUUUCAAGAUCCAAAUACAAAUGUAGCAAUACCUAUUUUUAUUAUUCAUGGAAAUCAUGAUGAUCCUGUAGGGGGAACUUCUUCUAUUGAUAUUUUAUCUACCAAUGGUUUGGUAAACUACUUUGGACAGGUUUCCUCCUUGGAUGAUAUUGUAGUAGAACCUAUACUACUAAAGAAGGGUCAUACCUAUGUGGCUUUAUAUGGACUUGGAAAUGUUCGUGAUGAACGAUUACAUCGUUGUUUUCGUAUGAAAAAAAUUCGUUUUAUUCAUCCUAAACCCAUUUCUGGAAAACGUUGGUUUAAAAUAUUAUUACUUCAUCAAAAUCGUGGAGUUCGUGGAGGUCCUUCAGAUAAAGGUGGUAUUUUUGAAGCUAUGUUAGCAGGAUUUGGUUUAGAUCUUGUGAUUUGGGGGAAUGAACAUGAACAACAGAUGAUUCCCACUCCUUCUGAAGGCUUUGAUGUGAUUCAACCGGGAAGUACAAUUCUCACAUCUCUCUCUGGACAAGAGUGUAGUCCUAAACAAUAUGGAGUUUUAGAAGUACGGGAGGGAUCUUAUCGACUCACGCCAUUUACACUUCAAAGUGUUCGUCCAGUAGUAAGACGUAGUGUGGAACUCUGGCGGGAAAACCCUACAGGGAGAACAUUAGAUGCCGUGGAAGAUUUCCUUCGAGGUGUAGUGGAGGAAAUGAUUGAUGAGGCAGAAGAACAAAUCAGUCGAAUUCCAGAUGAUGUAUUAAAGUUUCAUCCAAAUAUUAAAUAUCCACUUAUGCGACUUUCUGUAGAUUUUACAGAUCCUGAAUCUACAAAUUUUCCACAACCCAAUAUUAACCGAUUUGGACAACAAUAUAUGGAUGUAAUUGUCAAUCCAGGAGAUCUUCUUCGACCAAUAAAACCAAAACCUGUUCCUCGUACUAUACGUACAGCACAUGGUGGAGAUAAUGCCGUACCUAUCGUUCCAGUACCUCAACUAAAUACAGCUGAUAUUCGUACAAAAGUAGCGGAAGUAUUUAAUGCGAAUGCACGAGAUGCGUGUUUGUUACUAUCCGAACCGGAAGUUUCUGCGGCGGUGUAUGCAUUUGCGGAGAAAGGGGAACGAGAUGCGAUUGAUGAACGUAUUUCAGAGUUAUUAAAUAUGUGUCAGAAGUCUGUCUGGAAGACCAUGGGAAGAGGAGAUGCUGAAAGUAUAUUAAAACCAGAUAGUAUAUGUGAUGAAGUGGUGCGGCAUAAACAAGAAAUUAAUAAACGUUAUGCUGAAAUGACUCAUUCAAGUGAUGUACCCUUUCAACAAGAACAACAGGGAGAAGGAGAAGAUUCCUCUAAUGAUCCAACCCGAACGAAUUUUAUGAUUUCUAAUGUCUUUGAUGAAAACAGUAUUCCUUUUGGAGAGACCAUCUCAUCCGCUUCUCAUGUACUUAACGCAGCUGUAUUAGCAGCAACAGCAGCAGUGGAACCAAACAAUAAUCGUUUGGAAAAUAAUAAUAAUAAUAAUCACAAUAAUAAUAAUAAUAAUAAUAAUAAUAAUAAUAAUAAUAAUAAUAAUCAUAUUAAUAAUAAAGAUGAUGAUGAUGAUGAUCUUCCGGAUACUGGUCUUGGACGGGGAACAAUGGAUGCACUGAUUGCCAAUGCGGUACGACAAGAGACAGGUGAUGUAAUGGCACGAACACCACAAUUAAUGAAAACAACAACAAGAGAGAAUAUGUGUAGUAAUAGUAAUAUUAGUGGUAUUAGUAGUAGUAUACCUGGCGGUAAGCGACGGCGAGAAGAAGUGAAUGUAGACGGUAUAGACAAUAAUAAUAAUAAUAAUAAUAAUAAUAAUAAUAAUAAUAAUAAUAUUAAUAUUGAUGAUGAUGAUGAUGAUGAUGGGGUGAUUGAAAUACUGCCAACACGUAGUAACAGUUCAAAGGGAGGACCGAGAAAAAACAACGACAACAAAACAACAACAACAAAAGCCCCGAGAGGUAAAAAAGGCAAACAAGUCAUUUCUUCUGCUUCUACAAUGGCAACACCGACACUAAACUUAACUCAUCAUAUCAUUCCAGGAGAGAUGAACACAAUAACAAGUACACCGCAGAGUUCAGCCACACGGGGGAAGGCACCACAGACAGGCAGUCUUCAUAUGUUGUCUAAAUGGGGAAGUCAGAGUUGA